AUAUAUAGUAGAAGACAACACUCCAAGCCAUCUUGUUUGUGUUGAAGAUUGUUGUGGUUUGAACUGCAUAUGUAACAUCUCAACACAGUGUGCCCAAGGGAGGGGUGUAACCUCUACCUCUUGGUGGGCACAGAAGUGUGGGAGAAGAAAUCAAGUGGAGGAAAAUUAUGAAUUUUGCAGCUCAGUUCCUAUAUUCCAAGAAACUAAGCAACAGCGACCCUACCCAGGAUUCUGAACGGGAGGAAGACACUGAUCCCUUCUGGAGCAGGUUGGAUAACCCAUAGCUCACUGUAUCUAUCUAGGAGGCAUGGAGAGUGACAAAGGUCUCAGUGUUCCCCAAUAUUCAGUCAAUUUCCUUCCACCCUUGGGAGCAAUAGUUGGAUGUCUGCUUCACAUCGCUGUGUUUGUCAUAGCUGUGCUUUAUAGCUGUGUCGAGAGGCUGUUACCAGACAAAGGUGAAGAUGCAACCAAAAAACAAGAUUCAAACCAACAGCAUGGCCAAAAGAAUGGUCAAGCUCAAAGUGACUACAAUGCACCGCGUCCAUUACCCAUCAACCCUGAAAGACUGAAGGACUUUGUAGAAGAAGAAUAUCUAAAUGGGGACUUGACCACAUGGGAAAUGAAAGUGGCAAACCCUGGGGACCAGCUUAAAGAAGCUAUUGAAAGUGUUACUCCAAAGAUUAUAAAAAAAAGUGUGAGACCAAAGAAUGAAUUUCUGCGAUUUGAGGAUAUCAGUGCAGCUGCCUUCAAAAUCCAAAGUGGAAUCCAAAAAACUCCCUGCAUGUUUUCAAGGCUUUCAAAGCAGUUUGGUAUCGACAUAUACCUGAAAAAGGAGUAUCUUCAGUAUACAGGGUCUGUAAAGGAGAGAGGUGUCCUCUACCUGCUAACUUCUCUGCCCCAGGAUCAGCAAAGGAAAGGUGUGAUUGUCGCUACAGACAGUAACUUUGCCUUGGCUGUGGCUUUUCAUGCUUCAGAGCUACAAAUACCUGUAUUUGUCAUAAUGUCAGCUGGAACCUCCCUAGGCCGGGUCAGAAUGUGCCGUGACUAUGGUGCCAUGGUUAUAUUAUUUGGUCCAACGGCUCGGGAUGCACAGAGCCAUGCAAGGAGAUUAGCUCAAGAGAAUGGAUACCUGUAUGUAGAGGAGGAGGAUAGUGCUGACUACCUUGCUGGUCUGGGCACUGUGGGUCUAGAGAUAUAUGAGCAAGUUCCCAAUUUGGAUGCAGUUAUAUUCCCAGCAGGAGGGCACUGUGGUUUGUUGGCUGGGUCAGCAGCUGCCCUGAAACACCUGAACCCAAAAAUCAGAGUGAUUGGUGUCGAGAGUGAGAAAUUUCCCAUUGUACAACAGUCAUUGAAAGCAGGACACUGUUCAACAGAAUAUGACUGCAUAACGCAUCCCCUGUAUGGAGAGCUUGGAGGACCAUCCUUUGGUGCCAAUACAUUAAAACUAACCAAGAAGCUUAUAGAUAAGAUGAUCUCUGUGAGGGAGGAGGAUGUACUGCUUUCUAUGCUGAGACUUCUGGAAUGUGAGAGAGUCACAGCUGAUGCUGAGGGCGCAAUGGGACUUGCUGCUCUCAUAGCAGAUAAACUACUGGAACUGAAAGGGAAAAGAGUGGCUGUCGUUGUUUGCAGUGGAAACCUUCCUCUGCCAUUAUUCCGACACUGCAUAGACAAAGCCCUGGUCCUGGACCGCAGAGUCUGCAAGUUCUCUGUUGUACUUUCAGACUUUCCUGGGGAAGUCACAAAGCUCCUUGAAGUUCUUAGUCGAGAAGAAGUCAGGGUACUGGAUAUACAGAAAGAGAAUAUCUUCGUGAAUACUGACCUUUUCACAAUAGAGGUAACCUGCCUAGUGGAAACCAGAGACAAAACACACACUAUGCAGCUAAAGGACACAUUGACAGAAAAAUACUCAUCGUUAAAGUGGAAUGACCAGUGAGCAGAGAACAGUUUAAAGUUGGUGUCACAGUCUUCUGCCCAGUGCAUGACUUUGCAGCUAAUCCGCUCAAAAUGUGUACAUGUUACCAAUGUUUCUGGCUUUUAGAGUGUUCUUUGUAAAUCAACCUUACCUUAAUUAGUUUUUGUUAAUCAAAGUCAUGUUCUUCAGUAGGACAAAAUAUCCUCAUAGAAACAAAUAGUCUCUUACAGAUACAGCUUCACAUAACAGAAGAGAGUUAAGAAAUAUAUAUUACUAAGAAGGAUGAGAUCUAUCCAGUUGUUUAUCAUUAGACAAGCUGUUUGUGUGAUUAAAAAGCAAAUCGACUAUCGAUUGCUUGUCAACCUUUUAUUUCUUACAAGGUUCAGGUAAAAUGUACAAAGUUUGCUACAGUCUGCUUACCAAUAGCAACCAUUCAACAGGUAGCAUUUACUGGCAAACAUCUUGCUAUGGGAGGCAUUUCUAAUAAAAUAAACGCAUUAUGAGGAGUAGAAUUCUAGGGGUAGACAGCUGCCUAGGGCAAAGUUUCUGAGGCAGGGCCAGAACUAGGUGUAGGCAGAAGAGGUCCAAAACCAAAACCAAAUUAUCACAAAACUCUAUAUUAUAUUAAAAAUAUAGUCUUUAUUCAAAAAUCAUGUUAAAAAGAUAGGCAUACAGACCACAUUGUAUUCCGCCACAUCAUACUCAGAUGUCAGAGCAGGUUUUUACAGAGUAUUGGUAGAUAUAUCUUAAUGAUAUCCAAAAUUCCAUGAUAUUGUUUACUGAAUCUAGUAACAACAAGGUCCCCUUUGCUACUCGAUACAGUAAACAAUAUCAUGGAAUUUUGAAUGCCACUAAGAGCUAUCUACCAAUACUCUAUGCAUAUGAUGACUUUUAUAAAGUGUUAAAACCAUGAAUAAGUAGUGUCCCUAGGCUAGCUUAUACAUUAAGGGAUAUAUUAUUAAGAAGCCUAUUUAGGGAAGAAAAAACAGAAAGGAUAGGGAGGGGGAAUCUUUUGUCAGUUAAUGGUAGUUAUAAAUGUGGUAGUCACAGAUGCUUUACAUGGUAACAUAUGUAUCGAAGUAUCAAAAGAAUUUAAGUCGACAGUAACAAAAAAGAGCUAUUAGAUUAAUGACUAUAUAAACUGUAACACAUCCACAGUGAUCUAUUCAGUCACCUGUUUGAAGUGUCAGAAGCCAUAUGUGAGUUGCACUAAUAGGGCACUAAAAGAAAGAAUAAGAGAACACUUAGGUCAAAUUAAGAAUCAAAAAGCAGUUGAAAAAAGUAAUAUAACAAGACAUUUUUCACAGUGUAAUGGGAGUAAUGUAAAUAAUUUCUCAGUACAAGGGUUCGAAAGAGCUAAGCUUGGUCUGAGAGGUGGGGAUCUGUUAGGUCUUUUAGCAAAAAGGGAGGUGUACUGGAUUUUUAUUUGCACACUUGUUUACCACUUGAUCUUUGAAUUUGACGUGACAUGCUUUAUUUAAUAGAUAUGAGUUCUCAGUAACUUACA